GCGGCGAGGACACUUUCCGGCCCAUUCUGAAUUUGUUAACUUGCUCUCUGAUCAAUAAAGGAAUGUGAAAAAAAACGGAAGUGCUUUUCACAGCGGUGAACAACGGCGCGGUGGCUCACGUGACUUCUGCUGGGCUGAGCGAAGCGUGUUAGCAGAUUUUUUCUAUUUUGUACAUACAUUGUUUUGUAUAUACUGUAUAUGAUGACAUCUUUGGUCAGCAAUCAAACCCGGGGGACUCGGGACAGAACGCUGCCCACCACCACACAAACCACACAGAAACAGAUACAGGCAACAGCAGAACAGAUCCGUUUGGCCCAGAUGUUCUACGACAAAAAUGACGCAGUCUUUGAAGACAAAGUCAAACAGCUGAUUGAAGUCACUGGCAAGACUCAAGAUGAGUGCAUGGUUGCCCUCCAUGAUUGCAAUGAGGAUGUCAACAGAGCCAUCAAUUUCCUGCUGGAGAGCCCUUCUGACACAAACUCCUGGGAGACGGUUGGGAAGAAACGGAGCCUUGGGAAAGAGGGAGGAUCCUCAGAGAUAAAGGAGAGUCGCGAGAAGAAAGGAGGCGACCGGGAGGCUAGUCGCGGGCGAGGGGGGGCCAACAGGAGAGGCCGUGGAAUCAGCCGAGGGCGUGAAGUUCGUGCCGAGGAGAACGGCUUAGAGGUGGUGCCUGGAGAGAGGGGUGGAGACCGUGGACGCAGGGGACGGGGCAGAGGGGCAGGUGGUCGCGGUCGAGGAAGAGCAGCUGCCGGCACCAGGUUCUCUCAGGCAAUGGGCACCUUCAAUCCUGCUGACUACACCGCUGGUCGCCACGAGAAUUGGGAGUGCGACACAGAGACUGCUGAGGCAUCCGCAACGUGGGGAGGCAACCCAGAAGACUGGACAACAGAAGACUGGAAUGAAGACUUGUCUGAGACCAAAGUAUUCACUUCGUCUUCCACCCUGGGAAACCACAAUAUGGACUUGACAGGCCUCCUGCCAAAUUCCGGAAUGUCUGUGGAGUCAGAGCUGGUUGAUGGACCUUCUGCUGAGGAUCUGGGCCAAAGCCUGGUCUUCACCAACUCCCACCACAAUGGGCGCACAGCCACACACAGCUACGCCCACGCCGCCUCUGCUAGCACCACCUAUGCCCAUGCCGCACUGUCUUCAGUCCUGGGCCCUGGUUUUGGGUCUCUGAACACACCCAAGCCAGUGCCCAUGUCGGACAGCAGGACAGCAGAUCAGCUCAAUGGGCCUCGGCUCGGUCAGAGAGCGAGUCAGAUCCCAGCCGCUCCCCCGACCAUCAACGGUAGCAUUCCCAAAGAUGCGGUGCAGCCCGCGGUACCGAGCCCCGUGCCCGCCCCCCCGACCUCGGUGGAAAUCAAACCUCAGAGAUUGGACAACGGACCUGUAACAGGCCUACACAUGGAAAUGAAGCUUCAGCCAGAACCCUCCGCAGUGCUCAGUCAACUAGCACAGAGGCACCAACAAGCCUCCAUCCUUCCCACCACAGAGCCUCUGGUUUUGUCCCAUUCACACGCCCCGCAAGUGCCCACACCCCCAGGUCACGAGUCAUUAGUUCUGCCUGCAAGAGAGAGAGCCUCUCCAGGAAUGAAGCUGCCUGCUGUGGACUCUCCUAUCACAGAACCUACCAUGCGACAAAUCAAGACACAGAAGCGUAGAGUACCGCCCCCCUCUAAGAUCCCCUCGUCUGCAGUGGUGAUGCCGGGCUCGGCUGACGUCUCGGGGCUAAAUUUUCAGUUUGGCGCUCUGGACUUUGGUUCCGAGGUGGGCGCCAUCGAAGUGUCCCAGAAGGAGUUGGCCCGGGAGCAAGCUCCGGCAGCACCUCCAGCAGCUGGCAUGUCUGUCCCUACUGGCAUGCCUGCUCACCAACCGCAGAGCUUGUUUCCCAAAACGGCAUCUGUGAGCGAACACGUGAGCAGCAUACCUACCAUGUCGGAUGCCAGCUUCCCCUCGCCGUCCUUAGGCUUACCCAGCGCCACGCCCUCCCCCUCCCUGGUCCUCCCUGGUGCGGCUGCCCCACCCUCCUCCACAGCAUCGGCCCCCGGAAAGCGUGUAGAGGGCGGCGUAACAAGAGCCCUGCCUCCCCAGCUGGCAUUCUCUCAGGGCAAAGAGGGCCUGCCAUCUGUUGCUGCCCCCCUCACUAAUGGUUACUGUGGCAUGAAGGGGCAAGGCACACAGGAUGCUGCACUAUCGCUGAGAACUUUGAAAACGGAGUCUCCAAUAAUGAGUGACAGUGGCCCUGGUCACCACACGGCUUCCACCACCCCCCACUCUGCGCCCAUUUCCUCGGUCAACGGCCACGUGAGCAGCUCUCAUUCAUCUGGACCUGCACACACCACAAUAUCUUCUCUGCCGGCAAGUAACGAGGAUAGUGUCUGUGGCAAUCUCCACGCCUUCUCAGCCCCGUCGAGCCAGCCUCACAAUGCCACUCCCUCGGCCCCACUGGCUGUCAGCAGUUCAAGCGCCAACAGCGUUCCACACCCGUCCGGAGCGCCGGGACUGACUCAGAACGGCACGAACGACGCUCUUUUGGCUACAAACAGCCGUCCCGUGCCCCUGCUCACCACCACCUCCGGUAAAGCUCCCCCCAACUUGGCCCAAGGAGUACCCCCUCUCCUGGCCAGUCAGUACAUCAUGGGCCCUGGUGGCUUGCUCCCUGCUUACCCGCAGAUCUAUGGCUAUGAGGACCUGCAGAUGCUGCAGUCUCGCCUUCCUAUGGACUACUAUGGCGUAGCAUUCCCUGGUACUACGGCAACCAUACCUGGAAGAGAAGGCCUGGCCAACAAUCCUUACUCAGGUGAGGCGACAAAGUUUGGGAGGAACGAAGCGUCGUCUCCAGCACCACCCACUAGUCUGUCCACGGCAGGCGUGCAGUCGCAGAGCCAGCAAGCGCAGCCGGCUGGUACACAGGGUCAGGGUCAAGGCCAGAACCAAGGCCAGCAGACCCAGAACCAGGCCUUCCUUAACCCCCCGCUACCACCCGGAUAUGGAUACACUGGUCUGCCAUACUACGCAGGCAUGCCCGGCGUCCCCUCGGCCUUUCAGUACGGCGCUACCGUCUUUGUGCCUCCUACUUCGGCCAAGCAACCCACCAUGGGCCUGGCCAACCCUUCCAAUCAGUACCACCAACAGCAUCAGCCCACUUAUGGACAGCAUGCAUACAGCACAGCCUUUGACGACCUGUCUCAAGCCCACGCUGGGGAGUACAGUAAGGGAGGGUACGGAGGCUCUGCCCAGUCUCAAGUCGCCAAGUCGGCGGGCAGCGGCCCAGGGAAAGCACCAGGGAUGUCCGGAUCAGGCAGCAGUGGAGGAGUACCUGACAUGAGUGCGUCCAUUUACAGCAAAACACAGUCAUUCGACAAGCAGGGCUUCCACACGGGGACACCGCCACCCUUCAGCCUGCCCUCUGCCCUGGGUGGCGCGGGGCCCAUGAACCCUGGAGCGCCGGGCUACGCGCCAGCCCCCUUCCUGCACAUCUUGCCCCCGCAUCAGCAACCCCAUUCGCAGUUGUUACACCACCACCUCACACAGGAGACACAGGGCGGGCCGGGUCAGCGCGGUCAGUCGAGCGGCAUGCAGCAGAAAAGCCAAGGCAGCAAGUCCAGUUACGGCAGCUCUCCCUACUGGGGCAAUUGAGGAUUGCUUCUAAAACACCACACCCCCAAUAACCCAUACCCCUGCCGCUCCCUUUUGUGUGCUAAAAGGAACAAAAAGGAAAGACGCCCACACACAAGCAACCAUAUGUGCCCUGGCCUUGCCCCCACCUCCACAAGUCCUCAAAAUGGUUCUCUUCCUCCCCCUGGCUCCAAAUUGGAUGUACGUGUAAGAUAUUUAUGUAUGUAUUUAUAUAAAUAUAUAUAUAUAUACUGUAUAUGUAAUAGUAGAACUUAAUAGCGUGGUUGCUGCAUUUUUGAAGGACUUUUUUGGGUUGAGUUUAAACACUGCAGGAAGAGAAGAAAGUUACAGGAAAAAGAAACAAGCAAAGUGAGAACGACAGCACUGAUUUACACGAGGACUAUUCAGGUGGGGGCAAGGAGCUUCACCAUAACUACUGCGUUUCUCGUUAUUUUUUUAUAUGCAUUUACACACACACCUCCCCCAAUGUUAAUUUUGUAAGAUCCCCUCUGUCCCUGUCCAAGACACAUCCCUCCCGCCCACCCAAAUUUUAUAUUUUAAUUUAAUUUUAAUCCUCAUUGCCCUCCGAAUAAAGGUUCUGAGAUGUUGGAAGUUUCA